AUGCAGGACGCGUCGUGCAGCAGCAGCACCGGGGGUGCAGCCACAGCGAGCUGCCACCCGGCGCUCGUCGCGGCGCUGAGCAAAGUGCUGUCCCUGUCGCGCAAGCUGGCCGCUCAGCAGCACUCGUCCUCGUUAGCCCAGAUUGAAAACCUUAAACACGUCUGUUUCGCGGCCUCGCUGCCGCCCGUGGAUGCGCCGCUGCCGAGGCCCCUGAUAGACAAACUGAUGCAGCAGCUGGCCGAGACGGGCGGCCCCCACACAGGCGUGGCGCUGUCUGCUUUCAAACUAGCGAUCCAGGCGGGCAGCAUCCCAAUCACAGCGCGCGCGCGUCAGGCCGCGCUGCACCCGGGGUUCAUCGAGGCCGUGGCCGCGUUCGCCACAAAGUCCCCAGCCGAUGCCUUCACGCGCAUGGCGGCAGCCGCCACCCUGGCCCUGCUCGCACACGCGUGCGACGAGGCGCGGCGCGGUGUGGUGAUGCAGGGUGACGUCACCGUCGAUCUCAUGCUUUCAUGCCUACAAAAAGCGAGCGACGCGUCGGCCGCCGACGGCGAGCUUGGCAGCAGCCGCUGCGACCAGCUGCUGAUGCUCUCUGUGCUGAGCGUGUUCAAGGAGGCGGGCGGCGCGCGGGCGGAGCGCGCGACGGGCGACGCGCACGCGCUGCGGGUCGCCGCGCAGCUGUGCGACCCCAGCUAUGCUAAAACCGGCGUCGGCCGCGGGCCGGCGCUGCUCUACCUAUCAGAUGCAUUUGCGCCGCCCCGCGGCCGCAUGUCGGAGGCUGAGUGGCUCGACCGCCCUCCCUGGCAGCCGCCCCCAGAGGCGGGCCCGCUGCUCGAGCAGCUCUUCCCCCAAUUUGCGAGCCUGCUGCUCGGGCCUGACGUGCCCAGAGACGCCCGGCUGGGGCUGCUGGCGCUCGUGUACCGCCUGCUGCGCAUGCCUGGCUCGAGCCGCGGCGCCGCGGUUUGA